UCUCUCUCUCUCUCUUUGUUUUCACAACCCACUUCUGAUCGAGCUCAAACCCUUUUCUUUACCGAACAAAAAUGGCUUUCUGGGGGAUUGAAGUCAAACCCGGAAAGCCUUUCACUCAUAAACCUGGUGACUCCAAUGGACGGCUUCACAUUUCGAUGGCAACAUUGGGGUUGGGGGCCGCAACCAAAAGAAGCAUACUCCAGUGUAAUGUUGGAAACAAGAGUCCGGUUUAUCUAUGCUGUUUAAAUCCUGAGAAGAAUGAGUGUUUGCAACUACAUUUGGAAUUUGAUGAGGCUGAUGAAGUCAUGUUCUCAGUUCUUGGUCCUCGGAGUGUUCACCUGGCUGGUUACUAUCUAGGUGGUCAUCGACCUUACAAUCCAGAUGAGUCAGAAUCCUUUGGAGAAGAUAUUGCUGACUCAGAAACACAGAGAUCUGUUAACAGUGAAGACGAAGAGUAUGAUGACAGUUUCAUUGAUGAUGGUGAUCCUGAAGUCUUCCCCUCUACUCCUUUAUCUGAUGCUACAGAUUCUGAUUCUGGAUCUGAAGAGGAGUUUUUGGCUAAGAAGAAACCUCAGAAGGGAAAGGCGCGUCACAGACGACUUAGAAAGACUUACCUAAUAAGUGAUUCAGACAGGGAAUGUGAAAACGAGAAUGAUGACAAUCGCCCAAGUUCCUCUUUGUUCAAGACAAAAUUAUCCACCAAUGAGAAUGCAACACAGGAAAGGGAAGAAAAAAUUGACAAAGGAACUGUUGAUACCAGCAACGAGAAGGCAGUGGAUGAUUUUGCUACUGAAUCAAUUAGACAUGCUGAUGAUGUACUUGUAGAUGGUCAGAUGAAAAGGCAAUUGGACGUGCCAGUUGAUCCGUCUUCCAAAGUAGACCUUGAAAAUGGGGGAAAGCCAAAAAGGAAAAGAAAAGAACCGUUGCAGGAGGAGAAAAAACUUGAAGCUGAUGUCCUUAAAAAAGAGGAUGGACCCCAGAAAAUUGAGGAAAAAGCUGAAAAUAGGAGUCACAAUGGACAACUGACUGCGGUAAACCAUAGCAGAGCUGAAAUGCCAGAUAACUUAUCAUUGCCUUCCACGGAGGUUGGCCCUGGAAACAGUGAUAAACCGAAGAAGAAAAGGAAGAAGCGGGUGGAGGAGAAAACAGCUGAGGUUAUCUGUACUAACCCUGGUAAUGAUGUACAAGAGAAUGAGGCAAAGGGAAACCUCUGCUUGGAUCCACCAGUCAAAAGUGAACAAAAUCAGAAGUCAGCCAAGGAUGAGAUUUUUGGCCAUGACUCCCAUAAAUUUGUUGAUGAACCUGAUGAAAACAUAGUCAAAAAGAAGAAGAAGAAGAAGAAAAGCAAGACCCAUUCACAUGGAGAAACUGUGAACACAGAUAUAGCUCUCUUGUCAGUAGAAGAGAAAAUCACAUCUUCCGUGAAGAAUGAGGCCAAUAAUGUCAAUGCUAAAUCAUCUGAAGUUAGAACCUUCCCCAGUGGAUUACACAUCGAGGAGUUAGAAGCAGGAGAACCGGAUGGCAAAGUUGCGACCUCUGGGAAAAAGAUCACUGUUCAUUAUGUUGGCAAGUUGAAAGAGAAUGGAGGAGUAGUUGAGUUGCGGGAUGGCAGUGCUCCUUCAAAGUUCCGCUUAGGUCGGGGAAGAGUUAUAGAGGGUUUGGAUGCUGGUAUCGAUGGCAUGCGAGUCGGUGGCAAACGAAGACUUGUUAUCCCACCUUCAAUGACUUAUGGGAGUAAAGGAGAUGGUAAAAAUAUACCACCAAACUCAUGGUUGGUAUAUGAUGUCGAGUUGUUGAAAGUUCACUGAUUGAUUAAUCCCACCGUUGUUGGCUACUCUAGAGAAAAUGACAGCAAAGUCGGGAGUUUUGAAAUGUGAGUUUGUAGCCACAGCCUCAACACUAUGUAAUAGAUAUGGGAUCCUACAGAGCAGAGCUUUUUGGCCUUCUGUUUAUUCAUUGAACCGCAUAACAUAUUGGUGUUUGGAUGCUAGUCUGCUCAACUUGUUUAGAGGCAACAAAGUUAGGAUAGCGUCUAGUACAUCCGCAAGACCGCACGAAGACUGCUAAUAGCUCCUAUCUCUUUCCUUGAUCAAAUCUUA